GGCGGGUCUGCGCGUGCGUGGGGCGGUGCGCGCAGGGCUGGCGGGCGACCGGAGCAUCUUAGGUUGAGGCGGCGACGGCUGAGGUGGCGGUCCAGGUGGAGAUGGGGAGCGGCGGUGGUGAGCACCGGUCACCGGUGAUCCACUGUAGGUGUGCCAAGUGUUUCUGUUAUCCUACAAAGCGAAGAAUAAGAAGGAGACCCCGAAACCUAACCAUCUUGAAUCUCCCAGAAGAUGUGCUCUUUCAUAUCCUGAAAUGGCUUUCUGUUGGGGACAUCCUAGCAGUUCGAUCUGUACACUCCCACCUGAAGUACCUGGUGGACAACCACGCCAGUGUAUGGGCAUGUGCUAGCUUUCAAGAGCUGUGGCCUUCUCCAAAGAACCUGAAGCUCUUUGAAAGGGCUGCUGAAAAGGGAAAUUUUGAAGCUGCUGUGAAGCUGGGCAUCGCCUACCUCUACAAUGAAGGCUUGUCUGUGUCUGACGAGGCCCGUGCAGAAGUGAACGGCCUGAAAGCCUCUCGUUACUUCAGUCUCGCCGAGCGACUAAAUGUCAGUGCCACACCUUUCAUCUGGCUCUUCAUCCGCCCUCCGUGGUCAGUGUCUGGAAGUUGCUGCAAGGCUGUGGUUCAUGAGAGCCUCAAGGCGGAGUGCCAGCUACAAAGAACUCACAGAGCCUCCAUACUGCACUGCUUGGGGAAGGUGCUAAGUCUCUUUGAGGAUGAAGAGAAAAAGAAGCAGGCCCGUGACCUCUUUGAAGAGUCUGCUAAUCAGGGAUGUUUGACCAGCUCAUACCUCCUCUGGGAAAGUGACAGACUGAUAGACAUGUCUGAUCCCGGGCGAUGCCUCCACAACUUCCGGAAACUCAGGGACUAUGCUGCCAAAGGCUGCUGGGAAGCCCAGCUGUCUUUAGCCAAAGCCUGUGCCAAUGGAAACCAGCUUGGACUAGAAGCAAAAGCAUCCAAUGAGAUAGUCCUCCAGCUGUUUCAGGCCUCCCGUGCUGUUAAUAAGCAGGAGGUUUUUUCUGUGCAGAAGGGACUCAACGACACAAUGAGGUACAUUCUAAUCGACUGGCUUGUAGAAGUUGCCACCAUGAAGGACUUCACAAGCCUAUGCCUUCACCUGACUGUGGAGUGUGUGGACCGGUACCUACGGAGGAGGCUGGUUCCCCGGUAUAGGCUCCAGCUGCUGGGCAUCGCCUGCAUGGUCAUCUGCACCCGGUUCAUCAGCAAAGAGAUCUUGACAAUCCGGGAAGCUGUGUGGCUCACAGACAACACGUACAAGUAUGAAGACCUGGUGAGGAUGAUGGGAGAGAUCAUUUCUGCCCUGGAAGGCAAGAUUCGAGUCCCCACUGUGGUUGAUUACAAGGACGUCCUGCUGACUCUGAUCCCUGUGGCACCAAGAACCCAGCACCUGUGCAGCUUCCUCUGCGAGCUCUCUCUGUUGCACACCAGCCUGGCUGCCUACUCCCCAGCCCACCUGGCUGCAGCUGCCCUGCUGCUGGCAAGGCUGACCCACGGGCAGACACAGCCUUGGACCACUCGGCUGUGGGACCUCACUGGGUUCUCCUGUGAAGACCUCAUACCCUGUGUCUUGAGCCUUCACCAAAAGUGCUUCCACGAUGACAUCCCCAAGGAUUACAGACAAGUCUCUCUGACCGCAGUGAAACAGAGGUUUGAGGACAAGCGCUACGAAGAGAUCAGCCAGGAAGAGGUGCUGAGCUAUAGCCAGGUGUGUGCAGCUCUAGGAGUGAAACAAGAGAGCCCAGAACCCACAUCUUUCCUCAGCUCAGGGGACAUUCACUCCUUCCUUAGCUCUCCCUCUGCAAGGAGAACCAAGAGGAAGCGGGAGAACAGCCUCCAGGAGGACAGGGGCAGUUUCGUCACCACGCCCACUGCAGAGCUGUCCAGCCAGGAGGAGACACUACUCGGCAGCUUCCUAGACUGGAACCUGGACUACUGCUCUGGCUACGAGGGCGACCAGGAGAGUGAGGGCGAGAAAGAGGGCGAUGUGACAGCUCCCAGCGGCAUCCUCGAUGUCACCGUGGUGUACCUCAACCCAGAACAGCACUGCUGCCAGGAAUCGAGCGAUGAGGAGGCCUGCCUGGAGGAUGAAGGAUAUCAGGACCUGCAUGCCAUGGUGACAAGCACCCAGACACCUCUAGCCCCAGGACCUGAGGCCCCUCUCUGCAGCAGCAGAGAACUAGGCAAGGACGUUAUGACCUCAGGGUACUCCUCCAUCAGCGGUGUGAGUCCCACAAAGUCGGUGGACAGUAGCCCGCCCCAACCUACCUCAGCACUGUCCCCAGGCAGUGACUCAAACAUACAGCCUUGCCACCAUCAUGCCAGGAAGUCGUGUUUACAGUGUCGUCCCCUGAGUUCCCCAGAGAGCAAUGUUCCCCAGCAACAGGUGAAAAGGAAAAAUCUGUCCACCUCCAGCAAGGAAGAGCAGGACACGAACUUGAGCUUCCUGAGUGAAGCUGUGAGUGUGUCAGUGUUUGCCACAGUGAAUCUUUGUGGAAACAGGGCUGCUGCUGCAGUAGCAAGGAGUGGGGGCACUGGCGAUGGAUGAUGUGUAGACCUCCAGUGGCCUCCACGGGGAGCAGAGAGAACUUGGGGCACUGACCAUCUUUCACCAGGGGGGUCACAUUUGAGCCAUCAAAAUGUCAAAAUCAGAACAAAAACUCAUCCUUCUCUUUUGAAACUUUAACCUCAAA